AUGGCGGUCUCGUCAUUCUCUCUUCAGGGAACACUUCUCAUUCUAUCUCCUUCCUCCGCCACUCUCAAAUCCAAAAUCAAUUUCCAUCUCAAAACCCUAAACCCCCAAUUCUACCAAGUCCCCGUCGAAAUCACCGCCGACCUCCCCGUUAACCACCGCCACUCCCUCUACUCUUCCGGCUCCGUCUGUUUCAUUACCCCUAGAAUCCUCAUCGUUGAUCUUCUCACUAAUAAACUACCUGCCUCAAUUAUCUCCGGACUCAUCAUCCUCAACGCUCAUUCCGUUUCGAAGACUUCCACUGAAGCUUUUAUUGUUAGGAUUUUUCGUUCUCUCAAUCGAAGUGCGUUUGUUCGUGUUUUCUCCGAUAGGCCACAAGCGAUGGUUUCGGGUUUUGCGAAGGCGGAGAGAACUAUGAAGUGUUUGCAUAUUCGUGGUGAAUCAACAGCCGAUAAUUGCCAAAUACUUCAAUCAAGAGUUAAUAGAUUGAAAUCGGACAAAUAUCAGAUUGAUUCGGACAAGUUGAAAGGCUACUCUUGUGAUAUUAAUUUUACUGACAAGGAGCUUGAUAUAAUUGACAUGGCUGUUUAUGGUGAUGUAAUCCGGCCAGGAAACCAGUGUAGAUGCAGAACUGUUGAUGAAAUGCUUGGAAAAUUUAAGGCAAAAGCAAAAGACAACACAGAUGCGUCCACUAGUAAUGAAGAUGUUGAAUACAAGUAUCUUCCUAGUUGUCCAGAUGAUGAGCCUCAGAAGAAAAUUAAUCAAGGUACCAUUCUUAGCAACAUUCAAUGGAAGAAAUUUGGACUUCUUUGUUUUGUUUGGAUUGCAGUUCUUCUCUUGCAGAUUGCCAAGAAUUAUACAGCUACAUGUUCAAUCAAAUACUGGUUACUAACUUUGUUACAGACACCAGUUACUGUUGGGGUUUCAAUGUACCAAGCAAUAGGCCUAUAUCAAGGGAAGAAGAUUACAGUUUCUAAGCAAGAUCAUGGCACACAUUGGCCUUUGCAUCUUCUGAUUGUAUCACUUUCAUGUGCUUUGCUAGCUGGAAUAUUGGGUGGACUUCUUGGUGUAGGUAGUGGAUUUGUCAUGGGUCCUUUGUUUAUCGAAUUCGGAAUCGCGCCUCAGGUAGCAAGUGCCACGGCCACAUUAGGAAUGACAUUCACAGCAUCUAUAUCGGUUGCGCAAUAUUUUCUCUUGAAUCGAUUUCCGGUUCCUUAUGCUCUGUAUCUUACCAUUGUGGCUACAAUUGCAGCAUACAUAGGACAGAAAAUAAUUGACAGGCUUGUCAAUAUCUUUCAAAGAGCUUCUUUGAUUAUCUUUGUCUUAUCCUUCACAAUUCUUGUUAGUGCAAUUGCACUAGGUAUAGGCAGUAUGGCUUGUGGGAAAGGUAUGCAGAGUUAUAUCCAAAUGAAGAUUUGAUUUAUACUGUUGGUGUUAGUGACUACACAAAAGAUUGGUUCUAUGCACAGGUUACAAGAAAGAAAAAUGAAGAUAUUUAUGAAGGAACUACAUGGCAAAUAAAGUUUAACCUAGAUGACGUGGAAAAAGAUGAAG